AUGACGACGAGCGCUUCCGAGUCGCUGAACUUCGACAACUUCGCCAAGUUCAAAAAAUGGAAAGAAACGUUGAAGACCGAUAGAGGUCUUCAAUUCACUUUCCAAUGGUCGAGGGUGCAGAAUGGAGCUCAGUACUGGCGAUACACUUGCAAGCACAUCCGAAUAACGGAAAAGGAUCCCCACAAAUUCGCCUAUAUGCUGGUGGCCAUUGAAAACGAUGGAAGAGUUCAGGUUGAGCUCAACGCUCCGAACAUACACCAGGACCUUUUUCCGGGAGGAUCCGCCUCCUUCAGUAGGGUAGAAACGGGCGAAAUGAUAGGAAUAGAAGAGACGGAGGUCGAUGACGACAAUGUCUUCGUGGACGGCAUUCCUUGCACGACCGUACAAGCGCAGAAAGGGACCGAUGUCCUAGGCGACGAGGAUCCCGACUUGAGAGACAACGCACAAGAUAGCAGACACUCAGUCCAUUGGGUGAAGAAACUCGUCAGAAUCGAGGAAUCCAGAACGAAUCAGUCCGACGACGAUGAGAGCUGUGAGCCUGUCGUCAAGCAUGCGCGACCUUGGGUACGCUGA